GAAAGUGUUAAGUGUUUUCUGCGCGACUACUUUGAAGGUUUCGUUUUGUCCGUGUUUUGUUAAGUCUUAUUUUCCGUCUAAUAAAGUCCAUCACGGAGCACAUCGAGAAAGGAUUGUAAAUCUCUCCUGAAUUGCUGCGGAUUGCCGGUGCACCGUUGCUUCGUUCUGUGGUGAAAUGGUGAUUCGCGAUCGGUGAUGCAGUUAGCCAGUACGAAGCGUCGUUUUGCAGGCAGAAAUGCACUCAGAGGAGCCGGACAAGAAACAUGCGAAAACGCGGCUACUAAAUUGUUCCGCAAAGUGGUGACAAACACGUACGCAGAAAUGGCCUCGUUGUGAAUGUUUUGCUAACCCUCUUCCCGUGAAUUGCGACCCGCCGUAAGUUUGUGUUCUCCGUGUUUUUGCUGUGUCAGCCAUCUCCGGGAUCGGGGGAUCGGGUGGGUUGUGUGUGCGGCGGAACUCGCGUCGAUGACCCCAAUUGAAACGCGGAAAUAGUUCCUAUUCCACCGUAACGUUCACCUGGCCGCAGCGUUUGUGUAUUUGUGUGCGCUCGGUGAAGUGAGGGAAGUAACGCAAACGCAUCCAUCGCGUGAUAUUAUUAUUGCUUCGCGAUUCGAAAUUAUCGACAUCGAGAUCAGUGAGCCCAAUAGAGAGAGCCAUGUUUGUGGUGGUGUGGUCGUGAGGUUCUCUCUCUCGCUCUCGUGCGUGCGUCACGUGCUUGCGUCUCGCUUUCGCAUAUUGUAUUGGCGAUCGGUUUAUCGAUCGCGUAACGCGCAAAGUGGUUCUCCGCGAAACUAUUUUUAAGCCGUUUCUAUGCUUCAUGCGCCCGCGAUCAUUCACAUCUCGCGCGUGUUCGGUUGGCCAAAAGGCACAGAAAACUAGAUCGCUACGCAACACCCCGCCGGCGGGUGCAAAGUGCUUCUCCCCGUUCGUCGCCUACUCAUCGCUCGAAUUUCUCACUCCGAGGCGACCCCCAUCAGCACCAUGGUUUUCUCCAGUUAUAACGGAGCCUCGUACCUGCCACUGGACAACGACCAGAGCAUAACGUUCUACAAGAACGAAAACCGCCACUUCCCGACGGCCAUCUCCCUACCGACGAUGGCCACGGUUUCGGGUGCUCUGCGGGGGCUCGCGGCAUCCUCGCCCAGCAGCAUGGGCAGAGGGGGUAGCGGUGCAGGCGACCACCACAACAUGAGCACCACCGAUUUGCUCACCGCAGCGUACCAUCAGCAGCAGCAACAUCAUGCAAUCGACGGCGGCAGCAGCGGCGGUGGUGGCGGUAGCUUCGCCGCUGCCGGUGAUUGCCCUUUCCGAGUUCAAUCACCAGCGGGCACAACAGCACUUCUGGCGCCAGCGUCGCAACAGCUUUACCGGGGAGGAGGCGGCGUUGCCAUGUGCGACGACUUUCAACCGGUUGCUAAUCUGAACGGUUCCUCCAACGGCUACUACGGUUACGUGCCAACCCUUGCCCCCGUCGCCGGAGUUCGCAGUCCACCGGCGGCCGCCGCACCUCACGCCCAAAACAAUAAUGUAUUGCGAAUGGCCCCGGCCGAUGCCGAUAACGUGGGAGCCACGGCAAUGUACAGCACCGGUCGUAGCCUGCUAAGUCAACCCCGACCGCGCUUCCCAGACACUGCCACCGGUGGCUUCAACAAUAAUAAUAACAACAACAACGAGGUCCACUUUGAUGACCGCCAGGAUGAUCGUCUGCAGAGAAAGCGUAAGGAAGUUGGCGGCAGCGGCCAGGACGACGAAGCCAUGGACGACGCUGUGCACACCGGCGGCUCAAAUCAGCUGUCGAUCGACGAGUUUCAUCCGAAGCGACGAAAAACGGAAGCCGAAAGCAUGAUGCAGCCAAGUGGAUCGUCGGCUACUACGUUUUCUUCGUUUCCAUUCCCACCUGCGCUAGGCACCGAGAGGCACCUUCAGCCGGUCAGCGAAAUGGAAUGUCAGGAGCACCAUCAUCAUCCUCCGGGCCAAAGCGCAAUAGGAGCGGCCCCGUUUGGAUUUCCUGCGCACCACCACCAACUUCAGCAACCGCACCCGCACCCGCAACACAUACACCAGAACCACAGCCACGGUGGUCUUGCCACUGGCCCCGAAGCGAGCAAGAGUAAAUAUUUCGACUCGAACCGUUGUAUGAUGUCUCACAUGAUCUAAGACGCGUGAUCCUCUCGCUCUCCGUUACUCCGCGUUUUGCCUAAAUGGAGGGCAGUGACCAAAAUCUCAAGAUGAGCUCAUUCGUGCGAUAUGAACAAGAGAGGCUUGGAUUUUAUAAGAUGUCACUGUGAGUCACCGGGGCCACCGGGGACUCACGACAUCCGCCUGAAGCCCUGCUUAAGAAGGUGUUUUUGCAACCACCACCUAUUUGUCGCUAUUUUCUUCAACUUUUUCUGCGAUUCACGGCGUGACCAUUUUUCUUCUUAUUUCUCCUCUUCUUUUUCUUUCCGUGCACAUUAUUGGCGUGGCGGCGUCAGAUUGCGAAAUGCCAUCCAAUGUUUUCUUUGCCAACUCAAUGGCUCAGUGUCGCGAGCCGACAAAAGGAUCUCGAAGCAACAGCGAAUCUGUGGAUUUGUGCGCCCGGUUCCCGGUGUACAGCAGCCACAGCAGGAGCCAGGUACGUCCUGGUGGGGACGACGGGAACCACGGGGCCACUGGGGCCGAUCAGGACCUUCUUUUCCAGAGUCUACACGGAACCGGGGGAAACUUUCUUCGCCUCGGAGGGGAAGAUCGGACCGGACACAAAUAGUACUAACCGAAUACACUGACAUAUCUGUAGGGGAAUGCGCAUUGUGGAAGAGAAAUUAUAAUGAAUUUAUUCUCGUGUGCGAUUGGGCACAAAGCAAAUUACAAAAUAGGGGCAAGAAAACGAGAAUGAUCGGUGAUGAAGCGAACGCGUCGUGAAGAUCGUUUAAAGGAUGUACUUAAGAAUAGAAUAAGCGAACACUAUCCAUUCACGUACGGAUGCAUACUAAAUGGUGCUAUACAGCAAUUACACUACGGACGCAUACUCUAAGGUUUUGUAGCGGUUCACGUAUCUCUAUUUUUUUAAAGAACGAAAUCAAAACCGGAAAGCUAACUGAGUAAGAGUGUGAUAUAAACAAACAUAAACCCGGACCGGAGCUUUUCCUCAAACACAAUAACGG